CUUCCUCCGCGCCAGGCGGGACAGCGCAGGGCCAUGGCCGAGGCGGCCGCGGCUCCGAUUUCUCCGUGGACAAUGGCAGCUACAAUUCAGGCCAUGGAGAGGAAGAUUGAAUCGCAAGCUGCUCGACUGCUAUCCCUAGAAGGUCGAACAGGGAUGGCUGAGAAGAAGCUGGCCGACUGUGAGAAGACAGCCGUGGAGUUCGGCAACCAGCUGGAGGGCAAGUGGGCCGUGCUGGGCACCCUGCUGCAGGAGUACGGGCUGCUGCAGCGGCGGCUCGAGAACGUGGAGAACCUGCUGCGCAACAGGAACUUCUGGGUCCUGCGGCUGCCCCCCGGCAGCAAGGGCGAGGUCCCCAAGGUGCCCGUGACCCUUGAUGACGUGGCCGUGUAUUUUUCUGAGCAGGAGUGGGGCAAGCUGGAGGACUGGCAGAAGGAACUCUACAAGCACAUGAUGAGGGGCAACUACGAGACGCUGGUCUCCCUGGACUAUGCCAUCUCCAAGCCCGAGGUCCUCUCCCAGACUGAACCAGGCAAGGAGCCAUGCACCUGGCGUCGCACUGGCCCCAAGGUCCCGGAGGUUCCUGUGGACCCAAGUCCAGGCUCGGGGGCCCCUGUUCCUGCCCCUGACCUCCUGAUGCAGAUCAAACAGGAGGGAGAGCUCCAGCUGCAGGAGCAACAGGCUCUGGGCGUGGAGGCCUGGGCUGCUGGGCAGCCAGAUAUCGGGGAGGAGCCCUGGGGUCUCAGCCAGCUGGACUCUGGGGCAGGAGACAUCUCUACGGAUGCUACCUCUGGUGUCCACUCCAACUUCUCAACCACUAUCCCACCUACUUCCUGGCAAGCAGAGCUCCCUCCCCACCACCCCUCCUCAGCAUGCUCAGAUGGAGCGCUGAAGCUCAGCACAGCAGCCGCCACAGAAGCAGAUGUAAAAAUUGUGAUCAAAACCGAAGUCCAGGAGGAGGAGGUGAUAGCCACGCCUGUGCAUCCCACGGACCUAGAAGCUCAUGGGACUCUGUUUGCACCAGGCCAGGCCGCAAGGCUCUUCCCUAGCCCCGUCCAAGAAGGAGCCUGGGAAAGCCAGGGCAGUUCCUUUCCCAGCCAGGACCCGGUCCUGGGGCUGCGGGAGCCCACCCGUCCUGAGAGGGACAUCGGGGAGCUCAGCCCUGCUGUGGCUCAGGAGGAGACAGCUGCUGGGGACUGGCUCUUCGGGGGGGUCAGGUGGGGCUGGAAUUUCCGAUGUAAGCCUCCAGUGGGCCUGAACCCACGGACUGUGCCUGAGGGGCUGUCGUUCUCCCCUGACAACGGAGAGGCUAUCUUGGACCCCAGCCAGGUUCCACGAGCCUUCAACGAGCCCUGCAAAUACCCUGGCCGGACCAAGGGCUUUGGCCACAAGCCAGGGCAGAAGAAGCACCCCGCGGCGCCGCCGGGAGGCCGGCCCUUCACCUGCGCCACGUGCGGGAAGAGCUUCCAGCUGCAGGUGAGCCUGAGCGCGCACCAGCGCAGCUGCGGACUGCCCGACGGCGCGGGCGCGGGCACGGGCACGGGCCCCGGGGCCGCCUCCACGGCGGGCAGCGGCGGCGCCCGGGACAGCAGCGCCCUGCGGUGCGGGGAGUGUGGCCGCUGCUUCACGCGCCCCGCGCACCUUAUUCGCCACCGCAUGCUGCACACGGGGGAGCGGCCCUUCCCCUGCACCGAGUGCGAGAAGCGCUUCACCGAGCGCUCCAAGCUCAUUGACCACUACCGCACGCACACCGGCGUGCGGCCCUUCACCUGCACGGUGUGCGGCAAGAGCUUCAUCCGCAAGGACCACCUCCGCAAGCACCAGCGCAACCACCCCGCCGUGGCCAAGGCGCCUGCCCCAGGGCCCCCGCUCCCGCCGCUGCCUGCCCCGCCAGACCCCUUCAAGACCCCGGCUGCCAAAGGACCCUUGGCCGCCACAGACCUUGUGACCGACUGGACUUGUGGCCUAAGUGUCCUGGGACCAGCCGAUGGAGGGGACUUGUGAGGACCCCUGCAGGCCACAGGUGUACAAAGCGAAGCCCGUGUGCAGACGGCAGGAUGGCGCGGCAGGAAACCAUGGAGUCGAAAAGGGAGACAGAGUCAAGUGUCCGCGUUGCCGAACUGAUCCCUGGAAAGAAUCCAUCCAACCGUGCAGCUUCCACCUCUAAACAAAGUAGGGUUCUGAUUGUGACACUGAACACCUGAGUAGAAUCUUCAGUAAUUUAAUUACACAUCCAUUUUUUUCCUUUUUAAUUCUUGAGGAAAAAGCUGGCAAGCAGUAGCAGCUUCAGUCGAAGUUUUGUAGCGUACUUUUGGUCUCUGGGGUGUGUCCACCCUGUCCUAGAGUGUGGAAAGGGUGGCCAGCGGGGAAAGGGGGUGAAGAGGCCCUGGAUGCCCUUUGGCCCUACCAGCUCCUAGGUAUGUGUCCUUGGGCCGUACAGUCACGUGACAGCCACGCCCGUGACCUGAGGUCCUGGGUGGUGAGGGUGCCGGGGCCUGAGGCCAGCCUUCGUUGGGCAGUAGGGACCCCACUAGGAGCAGACCUGACACUUAACCUCUUACCUGUCCUGUGAGUACCCCCAUCCAUUUCAGGCCACCUGUGGUUAUCUGUCCAAAGGAAGGUGGCAGCACCCCAUUUUGUAUGGCUUCUGGGCCUGGCUGGAGUCACGUGGAGCUUAGUGUUAAUCAUGGAGGGGAAGAAUCUGGGUACUAAGCCCUCGACUUGUCACAGAACCGAGGCUGCCCCCCUCGGGCUUUCCCACUCUCGGUCGCUGCCCGCUGUGCGCCGUCUUACCUUCAGGAGGCGCCACCUUGCAUCUCUUCCGACCAUUGCCAUGACUUUGGGUAGCAAAGAGAUGAGGAAAUAAAGGGCUCAGAGGGACACGUGUCAGUCAGGCUCUCACGAUGAGUGCAGUGUGUACCAGGAGCUGGAAGACCCCGCUCCUGAAACAGCAGCGUAAGCGAGAAAAGGCUUUCAGCUUUGCCCUCUCGGGAACUGCCUGCGCCGCUGAAGCUGAGCCGUCCCGCAGUGAGCGCUUGCUCACCACUCGGGGCCCCGGAGGUAGUGGGAAGGAUGGUAAUGGGAACCCGGCUCGCUCAGCCCCCUCUGGAAUGUCUUCUUGGUGGAAUUAGGAGUAGGCCCAGGCUUGUUCACACGACAGUGCUGUCCCCACCACACACAUCCAUUCCCACUUUGUUGAAGCAGCCACUAGGUCUCUUGCCCAAGUGGGUAACACUCCCUGCAGAGGGCAGAGACCAUGGUGCCCAUUCAGCUCCCUCCUGCAUACCUUUAUUAGGAAUAGACUAGUUAAGAAAAUGGUUUCUAUGUACUGUAUAUUUUGUACUUGUUUACACUUCUAAUAUUGAUAUAACUGAUAUUUUGAAAAAUGAACAGAAAACAUCCCGUUAAAAUAAAACCUAACCAGCAUCAA